CGGUGCUGUUGGAAAAUGUUGUUCAUCUUCGUGAUAUGUCUUGUGGAGAUGGAGAAGUAUAUUCCGAUGGUCAUUAUCUUCUUGUCCGGUUCGAGGAAGAGGACGUCGAUGGAGAUUAUCUAUCGAGGAGUGACCUUGAGGAGCUAUAUUUAGAACGGUUCAUGCGGUCGGCGGUCGGGUGCGAUGACUGUCCGGAUUUCGUGGAAUUCGUGGUGGGUGGGGAGUGGGGGUACGACGCUCAGCGGGUCUCUAGAGUUACUAAGGCCCGCGUAUGGGAUUGUGUGGCGCAGUCUGGGUCGGACGGUAGAGACAUUAAGUUGUGUUCGAAGCUUUCUGUAGUUUUGUCGUCGGCAUUGCAACAACCUAUAGAGUCAAAGAAUUUGGCUUUGCAUAAGAAAUGUUGCUGUAAGAAAGGCGGUCACAAGUUUUUUAUUACUCUUCGUUUGCCUUAUGCCUACAGUAGUAUUCGUGAGGACAUUGCUUCGUAUUUUAUCGAUUGCUUGCAAGUCUGUGUUGGGCGUGAAAAAGAUCAAAGUUUACAUACCUGUGUUCAUUGGGCUCGUCAUACAGUAGAGUUUAAGCAUUCCGAUCCAUUUGUUGCAAGUCAUUGGCAGAAGUAUCGAUAUUUGGAAAAUUUCCAUCGUGAGUAUAGGAUGUCGUAUCGAAAGGUGUUUCGUAGUUUUAAACGAUGUGAGAAUAUAUAUUCAGGUUGGGCUUUAGAUUGUGCUCUAUGGUGGAAUUCGGCAAUUGGACCUUGGUUUCAUAAGCGUAAAGCUUUGUAUUUGCAUGGUCCCUCGAAUGUAGGAAAAUCUAGUUUGGUUGAACGGUUGAUUGGUCGAGAGAAUUUACAUUUUGUUUUUUAUCCUGGUGUUGGAAAGUUUGCAUCUCAGGGAUUGUCAGAGUAUCAUAAGGUAAUAGUAUUUGAAGAGUUUGAUAUUAGGUACCAUGUAGAGUCUAUGCUUAAGAGGUUAUUGGAAGGUAAGAGGUAUGCGUUUCCUGUUAAGUGCAAGGAAGAUAAGAUAAUGUACAGGGUGUCCCAUAGGAAGUUGCUGAAACUAAAGGAUUAUUUCUCCUCUUCCACAACUUCAGAAAGCGUCGUAUGAUUUGUUUUGUCUUUAUAAGCGUCCGCAGUUUUAUUCUGGCUGUGGUUGGGACAAGUUCGCGCACGUCAAAAUGAGUCAUUUAACGACGCAAGAGAAAGUAUAUCUUAUUGAGUGCUUCUUUUCAAGAGGUAAAAUAUUGGGUUGGCAACUAAGUAAUUGCGGAUUUCACUCGUAGAUGGCUUCAGUUGAAUUUUUAGGUUGGCAGAUGUAGUACAAAUGUAAAACACAUUUUGUUAUUUGAUAGUUGGCAAUUCAGCUGUCAAUAAGUAAAAAAAGUUUUUUGAUCGGUUGCGUAGUUUUCGUUUGGCCUUCGUUGAAAAAUGGAAAAUCAAAAGGAACAUUUUCGUCAUAUUUUGCUUUUUUAUUUCCGCAAAGGGAAAAACGCAUCGCAAGCUCAUAAAAAGUUAUGUGCUGUUUAUGGUGACGAAGCCUUAAAAGAACGGCAGUGUCAAAAUUGGUUUGCCAAAUUUCGUUCUGGUGAUUUUUCACUCAAAGAUGAAAAACGCUCUGGUCGUCCAGUUGAAGUUGAUGACGUCCUAAUCAAAGCAAUAAUCGAUUCGGAUCGUCACAGUAUAACACGUGAGAUUGCAGAGAAGCUUCAUGUAUCACAUACAUGCAUUGAAAAUCACUUAAAACAACUUGGCUAUGUUCAAAAACUCGAUACAUGGGUUCCUCACGAACUGAAAGAAACGCAUUUAACGCAACACAUUAGCAGCUGCGACUUGCUAAAGAAACGUAAUGAAAAUGAUCCAUUUUUAAAACGACUGAUAACUGGCGACGAAAAAUGGGUUGUUUACAACAAUAUCAAGCGGAAAAGAUCGUGGAGUAAGCCAGGUGAACCAACUCAAACAACAUCAAAAGCUCAUAUUCAUCAAAAGAAGGUUUUGUUAUCAGUUUGGUGGGAUUACAAAAGAAUUGUCUACUUUGAACUCUUACCACCCAACCGAACGAUCAAUUCUGAUGUCUAUAUUGAACAACUAACGAAAUUAAACAAUGCACUUGAAGAAAAGCGGCCCGAAUUGACAAAUCGAAAAAGUGUUGUAUUCCAUCAUGACAAUGCAAGGCCACACACAUCUUUGGUCACUUGGCAAAAAUUAUUGGAGCUUGGUUGGGAUGUUUUGCCACAUCCACCAUAUAGUCCUGACCUUGCACCAUCUGAUUACUUUUUGUUUCGAUCUUUACAAAACUCCUUGAAUGGUAGUGUGGCGGACCGCCGCCGAAAAUUCUCGACGCGCGCGAACGCUCGCUAUGCGGCACGAGCGAAAAAAAACAUUCGUGAACGCUCGCUAUACAGCGCGAGGUGGAAAAACCUUCGCAAGCCCACGCGCUAGAACGUUCGCGACCAAGAAAUUUCGAGAAAAACAAUUGACUAUAUAAAUCGGCCGAUUCACGUACAAUCAAGCAGUCAAUGUCCAGCUCGCACACCGAACACUCCAAUAGUCCUCUUGUCAACGCGCGUUUACAUAUCUUGUGCAAAGACCAAUUUUAUUGUGCAAUAGUUUGUAGUCUCUAGUACUUAGUUUAGUUUGUAAAUAGUUAAGUGUUUAUUUUAAUAAAAUAGUUUAAGUUAAUUAAUCCGUGUAUUCGAACCACGCAACCACUUCAGUAGAAAUUUCAAUAAUGAUGAUGAUGUCAAGUCGUACCUGAUUCAGUUUUUUGCUAACAAAAACCAGAAGUUUUAUGAACGUGGGAUUAUGAUGCUGCCUGAAAGAUGGCAAAAGGUCAUUGAUCAAAAUGGGCAAUACAUUACAGAAUAAAGUUAUUUAGUUCCAUGAAAAAAUUGUCUGAUUUUCUAAAAAAAAAUCCGCAAUUACUUAGUUGCCAACCCAAUAUAUAGCAAUGCUUACAGAGGAUUUCGUACUAAAUACGGAACACAUAAAGUUACAAACGAAAGUACACUGAAACGGUAAAAAUUCAUUACUUAUUUAAAUUUAUGCGCUAUGUUAUUUCCAUUUUUUGUC